AUGGAAGAAGACGAAGAAAUCACAUUUGACCCAACAAAAUAUUCUGAUAUUGAACCAAUUUAUUGUACGACUCCGCCAGUAUGUUCCAUUAAUUAUUCAAAAAUUUUUAAAGAAGUAAUGGGAUAUUAUCGAGCACUAAUGGCGAAAGGAGAGUUGUCAGAGAGGGCAUUAGAAAUUACAGGUAAAGUGAUUGAAAUGAAUAGUGCAGAUUAUAGUGCAUGGUAUUACAGAAGAAGGAUAUUAAAAAAAAUAGAAGGAACAUUUGAUAUAAAUAAAGAGUAUGAAUUUAUUGAAGACUUAGGUGAUAGUAUUUGUAAAAAUUAUCAAGUUUGGGGUCAUAGACAAUAUCUUGUUGGAUUAACUGGUAAUUAUCUUAAAGAAUUGGAUUUUACUGAUAAAAUGCUUGAAGAUGAUAAUAAAAAUUAUCAUUGUUGGAGUCAUAGAGUUUGGGUAUGUAAUAAAUUUAAUUGCUGGGUUGGUGAAUUAGCAUAUACUCAAAAAAUGAUUGAAAAAGAUAUUAGAAAUAAUUCUGCUUGGAGUCAUAGAUUUUAUACUCUCAAAUCAUUAAAUUUAUUAAAUGACUUAAAUCAAUUAAAAGGAGAAUUUAAUGUUAUUGAAAAAUCAUUACAUCAAUCAUCUAACAACGAAGCCGUAUGGACUUAUUUAACUGGAUUAUAUGAAAAUAGUCAAAACAUUGAAUUUAAACGUGAAUGUGAAUCUUUUGUUGAAAGAAUGAUUACUGAACGUCAGUUCUGUGUUUAUGCAAAGAUGGCUUAUGUCAAUAUCUUUAAAUCUUCUCAAAAGUGUAUUGAAUUAGUUUUAGAAUUACGUGAUCGUUUGGAUCUUGCUCAUCAAAGUUAUUGGGAUUGGUAUUUAACAAAAAUUACUAAUCAUUAA